GUUUAAUAUUCUAGAAUGCACUAUUAAGUAAUUUUGUAAAAAAAGCAAUUGAACUUGUUCGUAACCGUUUCUCUCCCAACGACAAAGAAGGCGACCUUUAACAGAGAAACACUUUUACUUUUCGUUAUCUUCUCCCAACGUCGGCCGUACUUUUCCUUUUACUCUUCUGUUCUCUUUUCUUUUGUAGUUUAAGUUUUCCAUAUAAAUCUCAAUCGGAGAAGCGAUUGUUUGUGCGAUUAUCACCAAAUCUUCAAUUUCUCUUGCUUGGUCCUUUCUCAUCCGAAAUGGUUUCGUAUGGCAGUUUCAGUGAUAGGGUUUUGGUGAUGGGUUUGUCUGACAGCGUAGGACAUGGCGAUCUGGAUAUGAGGAUGUUAUUGUUAACAAAUCCAUGGUUGAGUUUGUCUCAAGUUUGGGUCUCUACAUCAAUAGCCAACGCCACUUUGAUUCUCGAUGUUAGGGUUUUCGUUCCUCUUCAAAGAAGCGUGAUUGUCCGUGCGAUGAUGAUGUUCAUUCACGGUGUUUUUCUGGGCAUGUCCAGCCUUUUCGGUAUGGCGGCAAUAAUUGACCGCGUUUUGAUGCAAACUUACGGCAUGGGACGCAUAUGGGAUCCCGAAAUUACAUUGGAGGCAUUUAUCGUGAAGAUCGCCAACGAGCUCUUUGAUGUGAGACGUAUAACAAGAUGGGAUUACACUAGUAUGAAGUCAAACUUUCUAAUGCGCAUUAUGACACCGAAACGGACUAAUUGGUAUCGGAUUGUCGAUUUUUCAAAACUUAUUCCAGGAGCAACGGGUUCUUUCUAUGUGAUGUGGAGUUUCAAACAACGAAGGCCAAUAAGACAUACAUAUCACAUUCGAGCAAGAUGGUAUAUGAAGAAGGUACAGAACAUGUUUAACAACAUGAUAGCGAGUAAGGCUUAUCGAAUGAAAGCAUCGUCAAAUUCAUUUCUUCAUUUUUGUCAUCUUCAGUAUAUGGCACAUAAUUUUGCUUAUGUAAAAAAUUGCUUUAUGAAGUUUUGUAAUGGUUUUGUAAUUGAUAUUGUAAUACCAAUUGAUUAAUAAAAGUUU